CUUCGGGGACUCGCCUUGAGGACCACAUGAAAGUGACGGCGCUAUCAGGAGGCUGGCGCAUGCGCGUGCUCCUCGCGCGCUGUCUGUUUAGCGACCCGGACGUUCUGUUGCUCGACGAGCCGACGAACCACUUAGACUUGGAAGCCGUCCAGUGGCUGACGAACUACCUGUCCGUGAGCGAGGGUCCUGUCGACGGACAGACGAUGCGCUGCGGCAAAGACAAAAUCGUCAUUGUUGUUUCGCAUGCUCGUGAAUUCCUCAACGAUGUAAGGAGGGACCGAAAAGCCUUGAUGCAGCUAAAGUCGCGGAGUGUCUGCACAGACAUGAUUCAUUUCACGAACCAAAAUCUAACUUA